AGCAGCUCGGGAAGAAGACUAGGGAAGCCCAGCAUGCACUAUGUGCUGAUGAUAGGCUCUGAUCCAGUAUGUGCAUCCUUCUCCCAGGGGCUGGGAUGUGUCUAUAGGGGAGGAGGAGAGGGACCCUGCAUGUGUGGACAUACUCAGUGGGAGUGGUUUUCCGUUCUGCUUUAUUUCCUAGUCUUGCAGAGAGAGGCAGUGCUGAGUUGGAAGACAAAAAUAGAUAGAAAUUUGCAGAGAAAUAGAAGGAUUGUGUAUGAGGGGAGGGAGAGCAGCAUUAGGCUGGUUUCCAGGAGGAGCCCUUCUUUUUUUCUCUCUCUCCCCCUCUCCCUCUUUCUCUCUCCCUCUGUGUUAUUUAUAGAUCUCCCUUUUAUAUAGAUACAAACCUAUAGAAUACAGAUCCCUUCGUUGCUGUUCCUUAUUUUUUCCCCCAUUAUUCUUUUUUUUUCGAACGUGAUGUCUCCCCGGCAUUGCUGACACCUGGAAGAGAAGAAAGGGAGGGGAGAAGAGGGGAAGAGAGAGAGAGAGAUCCAAACUGAUUGAUCAGACAGAGAGAGACACACACAAGGACUAUUUUUAGCGGCGGUCUUCCCGUCGCAGGAAUAUAUAAAUUCCUGGCUCCCCCCGGACCCCCCUGCUGUAACCCAGAAAUCCAGGGAGGCUGUUUAUUGGGAGACCCUGCACCGCGAUCUGCCAUCCGCUGGAAGAGAGAGCGAGAGAGAGACAUCCUGCACAUCCCCCUCCAUAGAGAUCCUAUCGGGAGAUUAACAUGGGGUGUCUGGGCAACAGCAAGACGGAGGAUCAGCGCAUUGAUGAGAAAGCCCAGCGAGAGGCCAAUAAAAAGAUAGAGAAACAGCUGCAGAAGGAAAGGUUGGCUUAUAAAGCGACACACCGACUGCUGCUGCUUGGUGCUGGUGAGUCAGGAAAAAGCACGAUUGUGAAACAGAUGAGGAUCCUCCAUGUCAAUGGAUUUAAUUCAGAAGAAAAGAAACAGAAAAUUCAGGACAUUCGGAAAAAUGUUAAAGAUGCCAUUGUGACUAUAGUAUCCGCAAUGGGCACUUUAAUUCCCCCAGUUCCUCUGGCCAAUCCUGAAAAUCAAUUUCGAAUUGACUACAUCAAGAGUAUAGCUCCAUUGUCUGAUUUUGAUUAUACACAGGAAUUUUUUGAACACGCACAAAAGCUUUGGGAUGAUGAUGGAGUGAAGGCUUGUUUUGAGAGGUCAAAUGAAUAUCAACUUAUUGACUGCGCACAAUACUUUUUAGAGAGAAUUGACCAUGUCCGGCAAAAUGACUACACACCAACAGAUCAGGACUUAUUAAGAUGCAGAGUUUUGACAUCAGGGAUUUUUGAAACGCGAUUUCAAGUAGACAAAGUAAAUUUCCACAUGUUUGAUGUAGGCGGACAAAGAGAUGAAAGAAGGAAGUGGAUUCAAUGUUUUAAUGAUGUCACAGCUAUCAUUUUUGUAGUCGCCAGUAGCAGUUACAACAUGGUUAUACGGGAAGACAAUAAUACAAACAGACUAAGAGAAGCACUGGACCUUUUCAAGAGUAUCUGGAACAAUAGGUGGUUACGAACCAUUUCCAUCAUUUUGUUUUUGAACAAACAAGAUAUGCUGGCUGAAAAGGUUUUGGCAGGGAAAUCUAAAAUAGAAGAUUAUUUCCCGGAAUAUGUCCGCUACACUUUACCUGAUGAUGCUCAGCCAGAUGCAGGAGAGGACCCCAAAGUGACAAGGGCCAAGUUCUUCAUACGCGAUGAGUUUUUAAGGAUAAGCACGGCAAGCGGUGACGGAAGACAUUACUGCUACCCUCACUUUACAUGUGCAGUGGAUACAGAGAACAUUCGCAGAGUUUUCAAUGACUGUCGAGACAUCAUCCAGAGAAUGCACCUCCGCCAAUAUGAACUCUUGUAAUCGUAAUCACCGUGGAGCCUGUGGUUUUAAAUCCUUUGCUACUUUUCUGUCUCUUUUUCUCUGUAUUGCUCCACACAGGGUGGAACAUCCCUACAAAAAAUGCAUCCCCCUUUUUUUUUUUUUUCACUUUUUUUUCCUUUUGUUUUUUAGAAGAACUUUUUCUUACUCCCUGCUUUUUACUUUCCCUAUUGAGAAAGGGCAAUUGGUGUCCUUAAUGUAAUUUUAUUUCACAUGCCACUUUUUACCAUUCCACUAGCCCAGUGUUGCUCAGUCUGUGACUCAGAAUACUAAUCAAUCGGUCUGGCUUUCACAGUUGAGAGGCCCUUAGUAAAACACAAUAGAUUUCACCUGCUCAUUUGAUUUGGUGAUAGUCUGGACUAGACAUGAAUUGUUGGUUUCCCUGGCUCUCACAGUGUCUCAUUGACCAUGUUAGAACUACCUGCAUGUCUCUACUUUAAUAGGAUGAGCAUGCAGCAGACUAAUAACUCAGUUUCAACCAUUUUCAGGAGCGAUAUUGAUAGUGAAGACUCCAUUCUUAUGUGCUACACUGGUUUCAAAGAGAAUUAGUGAAGGUGAGGCUUUUAAAUGUGCACUCCCAAGAUUAGUACAAAUGGUGAAAGAUUCUGCAGAGCACGGUUAUCUUGCAACACUUUUAUUUUUUCUUUCAUCCUUGUGUUAUUUUAAAUGUAAACAUGUUAAUCAUGCAAUGCAGCCUUUUUGGAUUUGAUAGAGAGGCACUUUUACACUCCCUAGCACUUCAUGAAUCCACUUAAAUUAUUGGCAGUCUCUGGCUUUAUAAGCAAUGAAACAGAAGGAAUUUGUACAGAAAGAUGUGCAGAGGCAGCAUCAGACAUUUUUUUUGUUUGACUAUCACACAAUGCACCUUUUAAAUGUUUAGCUAUAUUAAAAAGACAAAGAUGCACACUUCUUAGGCAGAAAUGGCAGCAUUCAACCAUUAUUCUUAAAUAUCAAUAUCUCUAAGGUCAUCCAUUGAGCUAGUAUUCCUACAACAAUGUGGAUGAGAAGCACUGGUUUAAUUAAUAUUUUCUCUGAAGAGGACAACUGCGUAGAUUUUGCCUGAUCUGAAGGGAUAAACAGCAACUUAUUUUAAGUGGCUCCUUGAACAACCAAGGUUAGAUACUAUUCUGCUAAGCCUUAGGCUACCUCUAUCACUUCUCUGAUUGGGCAGUCGGCCCACAAAUAACAUUUAUUCACCUGUCAGAUGACACUAUGCUCAGACCUAUCCCUGUGUGGUUUUAAUUUAAUUUUUUUUUGUUUUUUUUAUGUUCUAGCUAUUUUUUUUUUCAACAUGACACUGAAGAGUACUUGAUGGAGGAAAAAAAAGAAUAAUGCACUUUGUAUCAGGUUAAUUAAAAAAAAAAAAAACACACAAAAAAGAAACAAAAAAAAUAUACUGUUGAGGAAUUAUACACACAAUGUAGCAGCACCAGAAAUAUUUAUUAAUGUCACAGUUUUUUAGCAUUGUCGAGUUGCAGGUCAACGAUUAAGUGACCUCUGCUCAUAACACACUGAGGUGUAAGGAGAGGUUUGCAAGACACUGCAGAGCAGUGACAUUCAGACCUUUGCUUGGAUCAUAGGUGUUGAAGACCGUUCCUGGAACAGUACAUAGAGUAGGUAAUGAAGAGGCAAAAGUAAAGAUAAGCAAUUUUUUUACCUUUAUUUUUAUGGUGUUUUGUGGCUAAAUGUUUCUGCACACCUCAGGCAUUCAAACUGCAGCUGCUUUCAGCCUCUCACGUCAAGGCAGAGAAAAAAAACACAAACAUAAAAAAACACCCUCACUGAUAUUAUACAUUUAGUCCACAAAUGAUCUUUUAGCCUUAGAUCAUUACUGGGCGUUAGACCUUAUAUAUAGAUUUUUUUUUUUUCCUUUUUGAUUUUUGUUUAACUGCUGGUUUAUUAUAAUGUACAGAUGUAAAAUGUAAUAUUAUUUUGUACAACUUUAUUGAAAAAAAAUAAUACUUGUAGAAGAUCUUUGUGCCUUGAUUAUGGCUGUACCUGUAAAAUGAGCUAAGAUGUAAGUAUGUUUUUGAUUGCGCUGUACAGCUUGAUGUCAAACCUUCCUGCAGCCUUAUGACUGCAGGUAGGAACGAUCUGUAGAAUUUAGUUUUUUUCUGGUUUAUAUAAAAGAAGGAAAUGCUCUUUAGUACAAAAAAUAACAAAAGAAAAAAAAAAGUAUAAAUUAUGCAAAUUAACCACUUACCUUUACAAAUAAGGUCCUACAGUGACCAGUUGUUGAAGCAAACAUGCCUUUUUUCCCCUUUCUAUUUUAAUGUGCAGACAGAUGGAGGAAGUGGCGAGUAUCAGCUUUAAAAAAAAAAACAAACAUUUAAAUCCAUUUCUGUGUCCACAUUUCCAACUUUGUGGUGUUAGUGGGAAACAAAGUUUUUUUUUGUUUUUUUUUUAUUUCCAUUGAUCUUAGAAUCCUAAUAAUACUUUGAUCAUUCACACCACCUUUUCAAAGUACUGCCACAAGAAUCUUGUGAAUGUUUAACAUUUUGGGUGUCAAAAUAUGGCAGUUGCUCACCCCACUCUGGCACUCAAAUGCUAAACAGUUUACUUACAGUACCGUUAGUUUAAGGCUUGUCUAUCUUUUGUAACAGCAGCUGCUUUUAUUGCGCAAGGAAGUAGCCCUACGCAGAAGAGAAUGGGGAGAGAAGAAAAAAAAAGGUAUAUACCUUUAUGUCUAGCCUGAUAAAAUACAAGAUGGCCUUUUAAUUUCUCUUUUAAUAAAGAGACCCAUUAGAACGUUGCUUUAUUUUAAAUAUUAUAGAAUUGAUAUAUGUGAAUAUUUCUCAAACUUGAAUAAUUUAUGCAAAUGUUCUCUAAAGAAGUUGUGGUACAAUAUAUAUAUAUAUAUAUAUAUAUAUAUAUAUAUAUACACAAAGCAAGAACUGCUGUAGCAAUAAGGCAUGUCCUUUUUAGUAACUAUUACACUGCUUUAUAUUUUAUACUUGGGUGUUUUAUGUAUGUUAGUCUAGACCUUUUUUCUGUGUCCAACUUAAACCUGUACAAUGUCUACAAUUACAAUUGCAAUAACAGCAAUGAAGAGAUUUCUUACUACAGUACAUCACUUCAGAUGUAAUUGUAACGUCAGUGCUUAAUUUCUCUCUUUCGAAAACACUUAUAUGUUGGAAGGUGUCAUACAAUACCUUGCAGGCCUCAAGCACCCAGUGUAUUUACAUUUUAAGUCCGUUAUUGUUCAUUUAGGAUUUGACAGCUAAAUUACAAAUUCUUACUUCCAUG